AUGUGCAAGGCCGGCUUCGCCGGGGACGAUGCGCCACGCACGGUCUUCCCCUCCAUCGUGGGACGACCCAAGAUGCGCACAGUGAUCAUCGGCAUGGAUACGAAGGACACCUACAUUGGAGACGAUGCUCAGGGUCGACGUGGAGUGUUGACUCUGAAGUAUCCCAUUGAGCAUGGCAUCGUCACCAACUGGGAUGACAUGGAAAAGAUUUGGUCGCAUUGCUUCUACAAUGAGCUGCGGGUUUCGCCAGAGGAACACCCUGUGCUGUUGACCGAGGCACCUCUAAACCCCAAGGCCAACCGUGAACGCAUGACCCAAAUCAUGUUUGAGACAUUCAAUGUGCCUGCCAUGUACGUUUCCAUCCAAGCGGUUCUCUCGCUAUAUUCCUCCGGGCGAACCACUGGUAUCGUUCUGGACAGUGGUGAUGGAGUUUCUCACACAGUUCCCAUCUAUGAAGGAUAUUCAUUGCCUCAUGCGGUUCAACGACUGGACUUGGCUGGUCGUGAUCUCACUGAGUAUUUGAUGCUGAUCAUGAUGGAAAGUGGAUAUGCCUUCACCACAAGCGCAGAGCGAGAAAUUGUGCGUGAUGUGAAGGAGAAGCUGUGCUAUGUGGCCAUCGACUUCGACAGUGAGUUGAAAACUGCAAUGACCAGCAGUGAUGGUGCUAAGACCUACGAACUCCCAGAUGGAAACAUCAUCUCGUUGCACACCGAACGCUUCCGUUGUCCUGAAGUCCUCUUCCAACCCAGCUUGCUGGGAAAGGAGGCGAUGGGGAUCCACGACACCACAUACCAGUCUAUCAUGAAGUGCGACGUGGACAUUCGCCGUGAUCUCUUCUGCAACGUGGUGCUCUCGGGUGGCUCCACCAUGCUCCCGGGCAUCGGUGAGCGCAUGACCAAGGAACUCAGCGCGCUGGCACCAUCCACGGUGAGGAUCAAGGUGAUCACUCCACCGGAGCGGAAGUACAGCGUCUGGAUCGGUGGCUCCAUCCUGGGAUCCCUCAGCACCUUUCAGCAGAUGUGGAUCUCCAAGGCGGAAUACGAUGAGGCAGGCUUCCAUGUUGCAGAGGGGCAUGUGAAAUUGUGCAAAGCUCUCAAGAUCAUGGAGCUUGCCAUGGAGUUGAAAGGGGCCAGUUCACGCGAGGGCGCCCUGGAGCAUGAGCUGGAGCAGGUCUCCAAGCGAGUGAAGGCUACUGAAGCGUCAUGGCACCAGGCUCGACGACAGCUUCAAGGGAUGUCUCCUGACAGGGGCUCGCGAGCCUACCGCGGACCCAGAGGCGAAGAUUGGGGCGCCCUCACAGAACCUCCAAACCGGCUACGCUUGGGUCGUCAGGCACCCAUUGACAGCGACCCGUCCCGGGUGGCGCCGCGCUUGCCACGCUUCGACAAGCGCACUGAGCCUCGGAGCUCCUCGGCGGAGCCUAUGGCGGAGCCCCUCACGGAGCCGCUGGCCAUGCGCAUCCAUCGGACGCUGCUGCCGCAGGCGCUGACCAAUGGAGUGAAUGGAGUGAAUGGAGUGAUUAUCAGGGUGAAUUAA